AUGACUUCAAACUAUUCCAAUCCAAUACUUGAAGAUCAAAUCGACCAAUUUCCAUGUAAUGAAGAUAAUUUAUUAGUACAAUUAAAUAGUCAAAAAUUAAGUGAUCAAGACAUGGAAGUUGUCGUUAAACAUGCAAUUCAGAAGAGACAAUGCACUUUUCUUGACUUACACGACAACGAAAUUACCUCAGAAGGCAUGUCAAUUUUAGCUUCGGCAUUGAGGGACAAUUCAAAAUUGCAUACACUAUAUCUGCAUGAUAAUCGUUUAUUUGAUAAGGGUAUAUAUUCUCUCGCACAGAUACUCACAUCAAACAAUAAAACUCUCGAAGUACUCGGUCUUAAUUCGAUUGGUCUUACAGAUGUUGGUGCAGAGGAUCUGGGUGUGAUGCUUCAGAAAAAUCAUACAUUAACUCGUUUACAAUUGCAAGCUAAUGAAAUAGGCGAUCGGGGAGUACUUUACUUAGCUGAUGCACUUACGAAAUAUAAUACAACUUUGGAACAAUUGGAGAUGGCUGAAAAUAAGUUUGUGAGUGAUUCGAGCGUCGAUUUAUUAGUUGAAAUGAUCAAACAUAAUCGAUCGUUGAAAGUUCUCGAUGUAAGACUUUGCAAUAUAUCCGAUUCGGGCAAAGCUAAACUUCAAGAAGCAGUCGAAUCAAAUAAAGACUUACAACUCAUUCUGUAA